UUUGCCGAAGCCUGAAGGUGCAGCUCACGUGCGGAGUAAAGCGUGUGACGUGAGAUGGGAGUUUUCCGGUGUGAUGCCCCAUACCUAACGAUCCGACGCAACAACUUCGUGAAACGGAAGCCACCAGCUUCAUCGAUCCCGCCACUCAAAUUGCAAUCAACAAUCAGGAAUCAAAAAUCAUACAAAUUACUCCAAAUCAAUCAAAUCUUGGCGCAGUUUCCAGUAGUUUCCCCCCUUCCCCUUCAUCGUAAUAUUACUCCAAAUUGCCCCAAUUCCCUCUCUCGUCUUUCCUUAAUGGAGUUGAAGCAUUUUCAAACUUUGAGAUAGACCUUUCUUUCUGUCUCCUGCAUUUUUGUCAUGGUUUAUCGAUUCCUUAUGGCGAGAAGAGGAGGAGCAAUUGGAUCUUGGCUUGGUAUCGUCGUGCUUUUGAUUUCUGCGCCAAUUCAUGUCUCACCCAGAUCGGAUAGUGAAAUUAGGGAGAGAUUUUAUGGAAACUUGAUUAACUCAACGGCACCCACUUCCGGUGACGGUAGCAUUGCCCAAAUGUUCGAUAAGGUGCUCGAGAAGGAGUUUUCUGAUAACGAUCUGCCUGAAGGUUCUGGUGGAAGCAGCUUUAAUAGCAGCGUUGCUGAUCAGGAGGCAGAACUGGAGACAGUAGCUAAAAUCACGCAUGAGAAAGGCAAGAAAAAUGAGAGUCAAAAGACAAAUGGGACAAGGGCAUUCCAAUUGCAGGAUGUUUUCUCUCUUGAAAAUGAGGACUCUGAUGACGUCACAACGUUGAUUGAUAAAAAAGAUAAUGUAUUUGUGAUGUCAAACAAGAAAUCAAAGUAUCCAGUACUUCAAGUAGAUUUGAGAUUGAUUUCAGACUUGGUGGUGGUUAUUGUUUCUGCCGCAGUUGGAGGGAUUAUAUUUUCUUGUUUAGGGCAACCGGUUAUUGUGGGCUAUCUUCUUGCGGGGUCAAUCAUUGGACCGGGAGGUCUAAAAUUCAUCAGUGAGAUGGUCCAGGUUGAGACAGUGGCACAAUUUGGUGUUGUAUUUCUUCUUUUUGCUUUAGGACUGGAGUUUUCCUUGACAAAGUUAAAAGUUGUGGGAGCUGUUGCUGUUUUGGGAGGUUUUCUACAGAUCAUCAUAUUUAUGCUCUUGUCUGGCAUAAUUGCGAUGUUAAGUGGGGCUAAACUGUCCGAGGGGGUAUUUGUUGGUUCAUUUCUAUCAAUGUCGUCGACAGCAGUGGUUGUGAAGUUCUUGGUUGAACGGAAUAGUAGUAAUACUCUUCAUGGUCAAGUUACUAUUGGAACACUUAUCUUACAGGAUUGUGCUGUUGGUUUGCUGUUUGCCUUGCUCCCAGUUUUGGGUGGUCACAAUGGUCUUCUUUUAGGAAUGAUAUCUAUGGGAAAGUUGCUAUUGGUUUUGUCUGUAUAUCUCAUGGCCGCAUCUGUUUUGUCAUGGUCAUUUGUUCCCCGCUUUCUUAAGUUGAUGAUGCAGCUGUCGUCUCAAACAAAUGAGCUGUAUCAGCUUGCUGCCGUGGCAUUCUGCUUGCUGUCUGCUUGGUGCAGUGAUAAGUUGGGUCUCAGUCUUGAGUUGGGUUCCUUUGUAGCUGGAGUUAUGGUAUCUACCACUGAAUUCGGGCAACAUACUUUAGAUCAGGUGGAACCAAUCCGUAACUUGUUUGCAGCUUUGUUCCUUUCAAGUAUUGGAAUGCUCAUUCAUGUACAUUUUCUGUGGAGCCAUUUGGAUAUUUUGCUAGCAUCUGUCAUGAUGGUUGUGUUCGUCAAGACAGCAGUUUCUACCAUUGUUGCAAAAGCAUUUGGGUACAGUAUUAGAACUUCUUUUCAGGUUGGAGUUAUGCUUGCUCAAAUUGGAGAAUUCGCUUUUGUUCUCCUAAGCCGUGCUUCAAAUCUUCAUCUCAUUGGGGGGAAAGUUUAUCUGCUGCUUCUUGGAACAACAGCACUUAGUCUGGUGACCACCCCUCUUCUGUUCAAAUUGAUACCUGCCGUGUUGAAUUUAGGGGUUCUCAUGCAUUGGUUUCCCUCAGAAAACAACAUUCAAAACGAGGAGAAAGCAUCAAUGAUCGAAGCACACAACAGAAUGUUGUGACUGAACAUUAAACUUAGCAUAGCCAUCUCCCCCCUCUCUGAAAGGUUUGUGAAUAUCAGAGCCGAAUUCUCAGCCUUAAUAGAUUUUGGUUUUGGAAAUCCCUUUUUCUAGGAUGCUUUUAGUUUCACCAUUGGUUCAGCUCAGCUAGGUAAAUGUACAGAAAAGUACAUAUAAUUUUUUGGAAGCGAGAAAAGAAAGAUAAGAGUUCUCUGAGAGCUGUAAAUAGGAUAAUUGUAGGAUUCUCAAAUGUCUUCUUGAGGAACACUAUACUCACUAUUUAAAAUUAUAACCAGUGUACGUUACUAAAUUGAUGGCUGAUUCAUAUUCUAUAUUUAUUAUUUAAUCCUCUUUAUCAGAAUUGGAAAC